AUGAUUUCUCGACGGAAACGGAAACAGGUCCGGAAUCCUGACUGGCAAGAAAAAAAGUCUACACGAGUUAAGGUUCAGAGAGUGGUAAGCGAUGGUAUGCGAGUCAACCCGCUUGCUCAUAAUCAUAAUCAUAAUCCCUUUCAUCAGCAUGCAAGGGCAUGCAUGCAUCAUCGGCAUGAUGACGACAGGUCACAGGCUGGCUGCGCCACUAAGACUGCUCACUGGCACGGUAUCUGCGACACCGGACUUGCCGGCUGGAACGUCGGAGAAAUAUGCCCGAAGAGCUGCAUCUCCACCGGCUCGCUCCUUCCUUUUUCUCCGGCCGAUCGCCAGGAUGCGACCCCAACGAUAUUAUUUUUGUUACCUAUGGAGUAG